UUUAUGUUUUUUGAAGUAUAAAUGCUAUGUACGGGUUCAAAGCGCGUUAUUUGCCGCAGUAAGCGAUAAAGGAAUUAGUCGACGAGCAGAUUGAGAAGAUGUGUACCGUUACUUGCCUCGCAUCCAUCAAUAUUGCUGUUAUAAAAUAUUGGGGAAAAAGAGAUGAGGUGCUGAUUUUACCAGUAAAUGAUUCCAUUAGCGCCACUUUGGAUACAGAUCAUCUACAUGCAAAAACUACUGUAAUGACCAGUUCAACUUUUAAAGAAGAUCGUAUAUGGUUAAAUGGAAAAGAAGAAGACAUCAAGAAUCCUAGAUUGCAAAAUUGUUUAACACAAAUUAGGAAAAGAGCAAGAAAUUCUAAUCAAUGGAAAGUUCAUAUUUGUUCAGAAAAUAAUUUUCCAACUGCAGCUGGUUUAGCAUCUAGUGCAGCAGGAUAUGCUUGUCUUGUAGUAGCCCUUGCUAAAUUAUAUCAAAUAGAGGAUGAUAUUACUUCACUCGCUCGUAGUGGCUCUGGUUCAGCAUGCAGGAGUGUCAUGGGAGGUUUUGUAAAAUGGUGUAUGGGUUCUGAAUCAAAUGGUGCUGAUAGCAUAGCAAAACAAAUUGUGCCUGCUUCUCAUUGGCCAGAAAUGAGAAUUUUAAUAUUAGUUGUAAAUGACACAAAGAAGAAAAUUUCUAGUUCAAUUGGAAUGAAAAGAACUAUUGAAACAUCUGAUCUUAUGCAACAUAGGAUAAAACAUGUUCUGCCUAAUAGAGUAAAAAUAAUAGAACAGGCAAUCAUAGAAAAAGAUUUUAAAACAUUUGCUGAACAUACAAUUAAAGAUUCAAAUCAAAUGCAUGCAGUAUGUUUGGAUGCAUAUCCACCAGUUAUUUAUAUGAAUGAUGUUUCACAUACUAUUAUUAAUUUUGUUCAUGCCUAUAAUGAAGCUGUGAAUGAAGUAAAGGUUGCAUAUACAUUUGAUGCAGGACCAAAUGCAACUCUAUAUCUCUUAGAAGAAAAUGUACCAGAAUUUGUGGGAGUAUUAGAUCAUUUCUUUCCACCAGGGAUUAAUUUAGAACAAUAUAGGAAAGGGUUAACUUUUAAAGAAGUUAUAAAUUCACAAGAGCUAUUUAAUAAAAUUAAUACAACAAGACAGGCUCCGGGAUCUCUUAAAUAUAUUAUUUAUACUAAAGUUGGAAAUGGUCCUAAGUACUUGGAGGAUCCUAACGAUCAUCUUUUAAACAAAGAAGGAUUACCUAUUAAUCAUAGUUAAAUGAUUAAAAAUGAAUGGCAUUUAAAUUGUAUCUAAAAAGUGGUUAUUAUUUAUUGUAAUUUAUAUAGAAAGUAAUCAUAUUAUAUAUAAUAUAAUAGAAA